UCAACGCUCUCGAAACAAUUCAGUUACACCAGUCUGCCUAACGCUUCACUCUCCCCCUUUUCAAAGCUUUUCUCUUCUCAAAAUUUCCAAGAGUAUUUGGGAUCGAUUCUUAGGGUUUUCACCAAUCGUCCGCGACGAGCUCUCAACCGAGGUUAUUGAUUCUUUGUUAUCAUCGAAUUUCUCUCUCGUUGGUGACGCAAAGCAUAUAGACUUUUGUGGGGAUCGCUUGUAAUGAGACGAAUUUCGAAGUUUGGUAUCUUUUACUUGCCUCAAUCGAUCGACUUUUAUACAGAGGGCUUCUAGGGUUGUUUAGUUUCCAAGGAGGUGGUAUUGUUGUAUACAAGGAGUGUUGGUUUAGUUUAGCUUCUAGGAAAUAUGUCUGGUGGAACUCCGGUUGGUGGUGGUGGGUACAUUAGGCAAAGACAUAGCCAAGGAUAUGCAUCUGGUGGUGAUGAUCUUGAGGACGAUGCUUGCUCUAGGCAACAACCUUUCUCCCUAGACAGCCCUAGAUGUAAAACUUGGGUCGAGAUUUUGGAGAAUGCUCUUUGGAUUGCGUCUGCAGUAUUCAUCAUCUAUUUUGGAGACAGGCACUCCAAUAUGAUAUACAUCCUCCUACACGAUGCUCGGAUCAAAAGGAUGCCUUUGUAUAUCGGGAUGUUGGGAAUAGGUGUGAACAUUGUAAUCAUAAUCUACGAAAGUAUGUUAUCGUGGAGCUUGAGACGGUUUGAUGAGAAAUUGGAACUGUGGAGUAUCUCUGCUCUGCCUUUCAUCACCCUACUCGGCCUCAUUUCAUUUGGCCUGCUCUCCUUUGCUCUGUGGCCAAUAUGGAGCUUCUUGACUCUCCCUCUUUUGUUCACAUUGUUCAUGGCUUGCCUUGUUGUGUUCCCACAUCUCAUGAUCAUCAAAUUCAGGCCUCAAAACGACGAACUUCGGAUAGAUUGAUUGAUCUGUAGAGAAUGAAGAAGGUAGUUAUUGGGAAAGUGAUUGAUACCCAUUUUUUUUCUUUUUCUUCAGAAGUCAAUAAGUCUGAGAACUGAAAAAGGGUGCGGUUUGGUUUGAGGUAUAUAUAGAUAUAGAUGAACUCAUUGAUCUAUAGGGAUCUUUUUCUUUUAAUGUUUUUGUUUUUGGUCUCUUGAGAAUAGUCAGUUCAUGUCUUGUUUUCUUCCCGAGUGCAUUGAAGUGAAAAAAAAAUAUUCUCAUUCGU